UAAUCAACACGAGGACCAAUGAACAAAAGAACUACACAGAAUUACAAACAUGGGCCACAAAAUAAAAGACAUGGAUAGGGGAAACACAAGACAGAACUGCAUGUCUGUUUUUUUAUUAAUAUAGCCUACUGCAGACACUAUAAAUGCACUACACAUAUUUUGAGUGUCCCCUGUCCCUUAUUUCCUCUAUUUAAAAACAAAAUCAUCGUGUACUUUCCUGUGUUGAAGGUGAUAGAUCACAAAAUGGGGAUUUCUUUGAAACGGGUCUACAAAAAGAGAUUCGCUUUCACUUUCACUAAGAGCACGUGACUCGCGCAUUCAUAUGAAUCCGAAGCGGGAUGAGUUUCUUUAUUGCAGGAGCAGCGGACUUUACAGCAGGUGAACUGAAGAAUAAACCCCUAAGUGCUUUUUUAUUCAAGGGUGACCAAUAGCUCAAUUUAAUUUUAGAGAGAUGUCGUGCAGGUUGAUGUCAGCUCCCGUGUGUUUGAUCGACAAUGAUGUAAACGGGAUAUUGUGUGUGAAUGAAGAGGCUAAAGUCAUUUUGGACGACAUCGCCGAGCCGGUUGUGGUCGUGUCUGUGGUGGGACUUUAUCGGACAGGCAAAUCUUACCUCAUGAACCGCCUGGCAGGACAUCAGUCAGGCUUUGCUCUCGGUAACACGAUCGAGUCAAAGACCAAAGGCAUCUGGAUGUGGUGUGUCCCUCAUCCCUCUAAAGCAGGACACACUCUGGUGCUGCUGGACACUGAAGGACUUGGAGAUGUGGACAAGGGAGAUGAGAAACAUGACACUUGGAUCUUCUGUCUGGCUCUUCUGCUCAGCAGCAUCCUCGUGUACAACAGCUUGGGAGUCAUAGAUAAUAUGGCACUGGAAAGACUACAAUACAUGACAGAACUGAGAGAGCACAUCCGUAUAAAGGCGAAACAAGACGACAUGGAUGAAAGUGAGCAAUACUUGAAUGUUUUUCCAGCCUUUGUCUGGACCGUUCGUGACUUCUGUCUAGAGCUAGAAAAAGACGAUAAACCAAUCACAGCUGACCAAUAUCUGGAGGGAGCUCUGGAACCUAAACCAGGUGACUCAGAUAGAAUUGAGCGGUAUAAUCUGCCCCGCCGCUGUCUGCGAAAUUUCUUUGAGACGAGAAAGUGUUUCGUCUUCCCUCGACCUGCUGCACCGAAGGACAUGAAGAGAAUGGAGAAGCUGACGGAGGCUGAACUCGAUCCAGAGUUCCUGCAACAGGCAAACAUUUUUUGUCAAUACAUCUACAACAGUGCACCGUCAAAAACUAUAGGGGCAGGUUGCACGGUCACAGGAACCGUUUUGGGUAAUCUGGCCGAAGUGUAUGUGGAGUCAAUCCGCAGUGGAAGUGUACCAUGUCUGGAAAACGCAGUGAUUUCCCUGGCUAAGAUCCAUAAUGAACAAGCAGUGGAUGAAGCUCUUCAGCUCUACGUGUCUGAGAUGCUCAAAUCAAUCCAGUUUCCAGUUGACCCAAAACAGCUGUUUAAUAUUCACGAAAAUGCGAAGAAUAAAGCCAUUGAAGUCUUCAUUCGCAAGUCAUUCAACGACACGGAUAAAACUUACCAACAACAGCUUGCGAUGAAUAUUCAAACACAAUAUGAGCGUUUGUGUGAACAGAAUAAGGAAGCAUCUGAGAACCUCUGUCAGUCGGUUCUGCGAUGUGUGUUUGAACCGCUGGAAAACAGCUUGCGUAAUAGAGACUACAUGAAACCUGGAGGACACAGACGGUACAGAGACACACUAGCGCAGCUAACCAGAGAUUACAGAUCAAAAAUACAGACCCAAAUAAUGAGCGAGGAGGUAUUAAGAAAGUAUUUGGAAGAGAAAGAAGAGACUGGAAGAAUGAUUCAAGCAACAGAUGAAUGUCUGACUGCAGCAGAACAUCAGAAAGAAUUGGAAAGACAAAGACGACUUCUUUUAGAACAAGAGCAAAGAGAACGAGAGGCCGAGAACCUGCGACAGCAACAGAUACUAGAAGAACAACAACGAGCCCACGAGGAGCAUAUGAGACAACUCAUGGAGAAGCAAAGACUUGAAGAAGAGAGAAUAAGACAAGAAAAUGAACGCAUACAGGAGGCCAAACUAAGGGAACAGGAGCGUUUGCUUCAGGAAAGGCAUCAACAGGAGGCUGCAGAGCUGCAGAUGAUGAUCAAUAGAAUGCAUGCAAGCAAUUCAAGUAGUGGAGGCGAUUGCUGCAUCCUCUGAUCAUAAACCAGACACCCCUGCAUUAUGUUGUUCUGUUUUUGAAUAGUUACAUUUAUUUUAGGUCAAAUAUGAGGAGCUUAAACAUGCAUCUAGACUUGAGCCCUGUCUGGGAAACCACUCCUAAAUGUACUGUAGCAUUCAUAAGACUGGUGAAUGCAUAUCUACUGUUAUUGUUUUAAUGCUCUGUAGGUUUAUGUGGUGAUAUGGUCCAGCCAUUACUUUCAUUUAAUUAUUGAAAUAUAAUUAUAUUAUGUGGGAAAAAAAGCUGUUAACGUUCCACUGAUAUUUCUGAAUAUUUGAUGAUGACUGAUGAUGGUUAUUUAAAAAAUAAAAUGCAGGGCCACCAAAACAAGUCAUUUUGAGAAUUUUAUUCUGAAAUAUUUUUAAAGACCCCCUGACCCAAAGAGUCUGUGGUAGUACCACUUUUAAAAAUGUCUAGACGAUGACUUUUAACUCAUUUCUUAUUACUGCCUGCCACUGGAUUUCAAACUAAUGAGGUAAUAUCUGGUUUUUAAUUCAUCUGGGAGUGCUGGGGAAAAAUAUGACUUUGUAUUUUUAGAAGAGCUUGACUGCAACCACUAAAAAGCUCAAAAGUGCAACCAAACUAUAAAAAAUUCACAAUGGUUAAACCACCAAACAGGAUAUUUAACAUCAAAAUAAAACGAGUUAAAUUACAGUCUGUUGAAAGAUGAGUUUUUAUUGAGUUUGAUGGAUGUUUUGUUAUAAUACACUUGUUUGUUGGUUUACCCUGUGAAUCAUCAGAUGAGUGCUUUUCAAUAUGGCCAGAUGAGGGAGCCAUAUUCAUAUUAGAAAUAUAUCAGAGCAACAUUUUAAGGUCAUUGUUGUCGAUGUUAUAAAUACCUGCUUUUCUUUAUACAAUAAGCUUUACAUGCUAAAACAAUAAGACAUUUCUCUCCUGUCCUGAUUCAAUAAUGAGUUUAUUUAGCAUGCAGGAAAAUGGUCUGAGCUUAGGAACAUCUUCAGGUUUCUUUGCUUGUGUCUUAAAGGACAAACUCACAAUUUAACCUUCAAAUCAUGGCUUUGCUUAAAGCGGACGUUUUUCCUGAUCCCAUUUUUUCAAACUUUAGUGUCAGGUUGCUGUUAGAGCAUAAAUAAUACCUGCAAAAUUAUAAAAGUCA